AUGAUUUUCAACAUCGCUCACUCCCCGGCUCUCCCUACCUUCAAUUGUUCUUUCAAGCCGGCCAUCGGCGAACACAGCCGGUGGAAGCCGCCAUCCAAACCUCCGACAUUGAAGGCAGCAUCGCUCCCGGCGGCGAGAGACAGAGUGAUAGAUUUCGGCAAGUACAAAGGCAAGAUGCUGGGCGCCCUCCCUUCAUCCUACCUCAAAUGGGUCUCCGGAAACCUCCGCUCCGGCGACACCCACCACUGGGCCAAUCUCGCCGACCAGGUUCUUCAGGACCCUGUCUACUUGGACCGGCUCGAGUGGGAAUUCGCCAGCCGCGUCUUGGACGCCAACGACGGCAGGAGCGUUCCGUCAUCUGCCUCGGCCGGCACCGACGCCGUCGCGCAGCUGCUGGAGAUCAGCCAGCGGUUCGGCUGGGAUAACGACGACAAGGUCGGGUGGAGCCGGGUGAAUUUCGAGCUGCUGGGUACGAGCAAGGGCGGCCGGAUCCCGAGAUUAGGGUUUGGGAAGGAAGAGAAGGAGGGAAACAGGGAUGCUGGCGGCGGUGUUGUUGGUGGCCGCGGCCGUAACGGCGGCGGGGAUGGGGAGUUGGAGGGCGAGGAUAGGAGGAGGGAGAGACGGGAGAGAAUGAGGCGACGGAAAGCGGCGCCGGCGCCGAUAGAGGAGGACAGAUUGGGGGUUUUGGGGAAGACGGAGGGUAGAUCCGUCAACGACCGUCAGUUUGGUGGAAAGGGUGAGGAUCGAACGGCUGGGAUUAAAGGUCGAUUUCCUGGACGGGAAGGGCUGUUGAAGAAGGUGCUUGACGGGAAGAGAUACUUGUAA